ACUGUGAACCAGACCAGUUCAACUGUUCCGAGUAUUGUGUACCACUACACUGGCGAUGUGACCGAUACAUUGAUUGUGAAGGAGAAGUGGAUGAAGCUGGUUGUGGGAGGUCAGUGGAGUGUAACUUCAAUACACCUUACGUCUGCGGAUAUAUACCACACAAUGGAAUCGGUCUGGAACGUAAGCGUACCAUGUGGACAAACGGUUUAACUGUCUUUGGCUAUGACAGGCAGGCAGAUAAAGAGCUCAGUCAAGAUUACUUUCUGGGCCAGUCUGGAGAGGUACUUCCAUCACAGAUGUCUAUGCGGUCACCAUGGAUGGCUGUGAGUGAACCAUCUUGCUUACAGUUUUUCUACCUGGGGAAUAUGGAGAGUCUAGAAGUGACUGAUAACAACGGUGGAACAUUUAACGACACAACAUUCGCCUCACCAAGAGAUUGGAGACAAGGCCAGUUUAAUGUAAUGAAUGAUUUUGAUGUGACAUUCACCAUAAGACCAAGUGCUGACGAGGACUACCAUUUCUUUGGACUGGACGGUGUUUCUCUAACUCCAGGAUAUUGUCCUGAGGCUAUAGAUUGUGUUGAUGGCGGUUAUUACUGUAACUCCAGUGGCAUCUGUAUCCCUAAGUCUGCUACGUGUGAUGGAGUCAAAGACUGUGAAGAUGGUUCUGAUGAGCUUUGUGACACUUCAAUCAGCUGUGAUUUUGAGCAUCCUUUUAUCUGUGGGUACACAUUCAUUGGCAUGGUGUGGCAACAAGCUCAUCCACUUCAUCUGCCUGACCAGGAUCAUACAUUCGGAAACGAGACAUAUAAAAACUACUCAGAUAUUCGUAAGUUAUAUACAGAUACAGUAGAUAUCCUGACAGACACUCAUAAGAAAUCUUGA